AUGGCGUCAAAGGGUGGUGAAAAAAGACAGAGAGAUGAAGAAGGGAAUAGAGGAAAUAAAAGACAAAAGGGUACCGACGGAGAGGCAACCCAAAGGAGAACCAUUGAAUUGGUGAGGAAAUUAUUUAACGAACGAGAUAGAGAAAAACGGGAACAAAAUAUUGAGGCAAUUGCACAAAUGGUCGUCGCUAGAAAUGAUAAACACUCACAAAUAAAUAGAUUAGCUGAAAUGGUUAAGAAAACAAAAACUUUAUAUAAAGAAAAACGUAGUUACAAUAUAGAGGAUCGUGACCUUAUAGAAUUAGCAGCACUUGUGCAAUCACAUCAAAAUGUCAGCGUCCCAAAAAAAGCCUUUUCGGUGCGUCAAAUACGCACUCAUGAACGUUUUGGUUAUACUGAAUAUAUAUACGAUGUAAAU